AUGCGGAUCAGACCAUCACGAUUGGCUGGAUUCUGCUACGAAGAUCCUGCACUCAGGGAAGCAAUUCCAUUAUGGAUUUCUACGAAUCUAGGGGGUAGAAACUUCAGAGUAGCCAACGAAUGGCUUGAGUCCCUAGGCAAGCAGACGACCAAGAAUGCAGUCAAGAAGAGUCUUACACAAUUCUCCUGGCGAGGCGACAUUGCCUACACAAACGAUGUUGGUUAUAUGAGAAACCAAGACGACUCUGUUGAAGGACAUGUCGGCUGGAAGGUUCUUACCCUGCUUGUAGCAGCUCAAUGGUCUUCAAUGCCACCAGAAGAUCUACGCGUAGCUCUAGCGGCUUUAAUAGAGCGCUCGCUGUCCCCUGACUCCAAAAUGAAAAUGGGGGAAAUGGUAGACCUGGCCAGAGGCUAUAUCUCUAUCUAUCCCAACGCACAAGGACACGCGCUUACAGAGGGGUCAUUCCUGGAAUUCUUCUAUCGGUCCGAGUCUGCUUCUGAAAUUCUAAGCGAAGCUCACAGCAACAUGGCUGAGGCAUGCGUGAACUUCCUCACGCUUAAAUUACCGGAGUUAUCAGAGGCCAAAAAGUUCCAUUGCAACACAUCAUUCUGGAACGAACCUUUUCUGCAUUACGCCACCAUAUACUGGGGCGAUCACGUCCGCUUAGCAGGAAAGGGAUUGGACUCACGGGUAAUCGAUCAGGCAAUUCAACUUCUCGAGGACACCAAGUGUAUGAAUGCCUACAUCAAAGCAUCCUGGGUAUCCAAUCUUCGACAGAGAGAACCUCUUCAAUGGGAUGUCAAUUCGAAGGUUCAUGCGCUUCAUGUCUGCGCUUGGUUUGGAAUCGCACCCUUGAUCAAGAACCUUCACAGGAGCGGCUCAGUUGACAAGCGGGAGGCCACCUUUGGCCAAACGCCAUUAAUAUAUGCUUGCAGGAAGGGUCACGAAGAAGCUGUUAGUGUGUUACUCGAACUAGGUGCUAACCCUGCUCUCUUCAGCGAUCGUGGCCACAACGCUUUUUUCGAAGCAGUUAUCGUGACCAAAAUGUCACUGGAACAUAUCCAGAGCAAGAUGAAGAUCAUAGACCUCCUGCUUCGGGACGAUCGUAUUCGAUUAAGCGCUACUCACCCAAAAUCAAAACGUCGCACUGUUCUGCACGUUGCAGUUCUCAAGAGCCACGAGGAUAUUGUCGAGCAGCUUCUAAUUAGUGGAGCAAGCCCCAACUGUUUUGACGAGAGAGGAAUUACACCACUCAUGUAUGCGGCACGAGAUUGUAAGGUGAAGAUGGUGGAAACACUUCUACGCCACAAGGCUAGUCCAGAUCUAUUUGGAACAAGUUGGCGAUUUCGCACGACUGCUUUGCAUAUGGUGGUGGAAAGCUAUCCCCAACGUGAAGACAACGACGCAGACGACGACGCUGACGACGAUUCUGACGACGAUGCAGACGACCAUCGAGAGAUCAUCACCAUUUUACUCCGAAACAAAGCCAACCUUGAGUUACGAGAUGCAUGGGGUUUGAAUGUAAUGGCAAAAUCGAAACAGAGAAAUUUGAACCUGUCAGAUUUGUUCGAGAGGACGGCACAAUAUGCUCGACUUCGUACAACUACUGGGUUGUUUGAAAUACUUGUCGAGCCACUACCUAAGCAUGUCCUCCACUCAGCCGUCAGUACAUAUCACGUUCGCGCUGUUCACGAUCUCCUACUUGCAAAACCUUACCUGGCUCGCACAAAAGAUCAAUACGGUAGAACCCCGUUGCAUCUCGCUGCAAACAAUUGCAACAAACAUCUUGGGCGCAAUUGGAACCGUGAUAGAAGCAAGGUUGUUGAGGUAAUUACCUCAGCGCUGAUGACACAUAGUGUUCCAUCCGCUGUAGACAAGUGGGGGUUAACAGCGAUGGACUAUGCGCUUUACAAUCGCGAUGCUUUGAUACAACUCACGCUGCUGGAAGGGGGUGCGAAGCUCGACGCAAAGCGCCACGACGACCUGAACUCUCUUCUAGAACUUGCAUACAAGCUCCAAAAGCUGCGUGCUGUUGGCACACUCCUCAAAUCGGGUGCAGACAAGUUUGAAGCUUACUCCUUGAUCGUCCAGAGAGGGCAUCUGACCUUGAGUUUGGAUGACCUUGGUCAUUUUGAAUAG